CCGCCCUAUCAAGAAGGGAGGAGGCAGCGGCAGAAGUCAGAGCCCCUCCCCCGGGACGCAUUUACGACAGUUCGUGCCGUGCGGCUUUUGCCGGCUGCCGUCACGUAUUGGCUGAGUUGCGGCUGCACAAGAGGCUAGGCCACGCCCUCUGUCUACGUCACGUCCCGCCCCGUCCCACCGGCGGCGGGCCCUUUUCGCGCGGGAAAAGAAACUCAGCGGCGGCCGGGAGGCGCAAGCCUGCGGACCCUCGCCCGUGCCGCGGCGACGAUGGGGCUCCUGGAGCGCUGCAAGGAGGACUUCGGCACCGCCGACCUGUACGAGGUGCUGGGCGUGCGGCGGGAGGCCUCGGACGGCGAGAUCCGGCGCGGCUACCAUAAGGUGUCCCUGAAGGUGCACCCGGACCGCGUGGACGAGGCCGGCAAGGAAGAGGCCACCCGGCAGUUCCAGAUCCUGGGCAAAGUCUACGCGGUCCUGAGCGACUCUGAGAAGCGCGCAGUGUACGAUGAGCAAGGGACGGUGGACGAGGAGGUGGACGAGCUCAGCCAGGACCGCGACUGGCUGUCCUACUGGAGGCUGCUCUUCAAAAAGAUAACCUUAGAAGACAUUAAGACCUUUGAAGAGAAGUACAUUGGUUCUGAAGAAGAACUGACUGAUAUCAAACAAGCCUAUAUGGACUUCAAGGGCGACAUGGAUCAGAUCAUGGAGUCUAUCUUAUGUGCUGAAUACACUGCCGAGCCCAGAAUACGCAACAUCAUACAACAGGCCAUUGAUUCUGGAGAAGUUCCACCCUAUAAAGCCUUUCUCAAAGAGUCAAAGCAAAAAAUGAAUGCAAGGAAAAGAAGGGCUCAAGAAGAAGCCAAAGAAGCAGAGAAGAGCAGAAAGGAGCUGGGCCUGGGGGAGGGACCAGAAGACCUCAAAGCACUUAUCCAGAGCAGACAAAAGGAUCGGGAGAAAGAAAUGAACAGCUUUCUGGCCCAGAUGGAAGCAAAGUAUUGCAACUCUUCCAAAAAAGGAAAAAAAACAACUGACAAGAAAGGAAAGAAAUGAUGAAGACGAUGGCUUUGUUUCUUCAAUGGGUCUUCCAUUUAAUUACCCACCUCCUGGAUAAAAUAGUAAAACCUUUAUUAUUGAGGAAAAUGGUCCCCUCUGACCAAUACUAUCCAGAUCAGUGACUGUCUCAUGAGUAAUUUAUUCAGCCAUCGACCCAACCCACUUUGGUUGGUUCUGCAUUUACUCUGAAGUGUUUAUUAGCAGUUAAUCAUUUCUAUGAAAUUUCCUUCCUGGAAGAAUUUAGUUUUCAGAGAAUAUGUAUUACCAUGAGUCUUACACAAAGGGAGCUCUAGAUACAUUCUGUCAAGAAAGGAUAGAGACUUCUGGCAGAGGUCACUUAACAGGUAAUAAUGCUCCACUGAACUGGUGAGGAAAUUAAAUUCUUAAAGGAACUAGUGAACAGCUUUGUUCUAAGUGUUUCCUUGCCAGGUUUGUUUUCAUUUAUUUAUAGUGGAACGAGAUUUGUCUUAUAUUUUGCACUUUGGUGCUGGCAAAUAUUUUGAGAAUUUUUGUAAAAAAACAAAUUGCAUAUAAUAAACUAGUAAAAUAUU